AAAUGUGUUGGCAAGGGAGACGCAGCGGUUCAUUCAUCUUCUUCCAGAGAGAGGUGAGUUAACACGAAGGUUAUUUUACAUGAGGGAGGGACUAUUUUGGAGCAACAAUAAUAACCUGCGAAUAACUGGGAAAAGCAAAGAAGACGCUUUUGAUUCAUAGCUGAAAAGGAGCGUUUGUUUUCUUCCAAACAUUACAAGAGAGGUGAAGCAUCAUGGGGAAACACAACAGCAAGCUGGCUCCGGAGGUCCUGGAUGACCUGACCAAGAACACUGAAUUCAACGAGGCAGAGCUCAAGCAGUGGUACAAAGGCUUCCUCAAAGACUGUCCGUCUGGCAUUCUCAACCUGGAGGAGUUUCAGCAGCUCUAUGUUAAGUUUUUCCCGUACGGUGAUGCCUCCAAGUUCGCCCAACAUGCGUUUCGGACAUUCGACAAGAACGGUGACGGGACCAUCGACUUCAGAGAGUUCAUUUGCGCCCUGUCCAUCACCUCCAGGGGCAGCUUCGAGCAGAAACUCAACUGGGCCUUCAACAUGUACGAUCUGGACGGGGAUGGAAAGAUCACGCGCAUGGAGAUGCUUGAGAUCAUAGAGGCCAUCUACAAGAUGGUGGGCACAGUGAUCAUGAUGCGUAUGAACGAGGACGGGCUGACCCCUCAGCAGCGCGUGGACAAAAUCUUCUCCAAGAUGGACAAGGACCACAACGAUGAAAUCACCCUGGAAGAGUUCAAAGAGGCCGCCAAGUCUGACCCUUCCAUCGUCCUACUGCUGCAGUGUGACAUGCAGAAGUAGAGAGGGAUGGGUGGAGAUACAGAGGGAGGGAGGGGAGGGACGGGGGAAAGAGUUGAACUGAAACAAGAGAAGGAAAAAGGAUAUGAGAACAGAGAGGCAAGAGAUGAAAGGGGGGGAGGUACAGUUAAAGGGAGGAGGAGGAGACAGGUAGGGAGGCUUUUUUUGAGGUAGUGAUGACUAGAAGUGAACCAUGUUUGGAACACAACAGACCUCUGAUUGAUGCCAUUCUUUUCUUCCAGCACUGCGGCACUUCUGCUUCAGUCUAGAUGGGUCUCUUUAUAAAUUCGGUCUGGUGAUCUGUGAAAGGUGGAAAUCCUGCCAGCUCAUUUUGAAAUAGGCCAAAAAAAAAAAAAGAAAAAAAAGAAGAUAUAUAGUAGGGAUUUACAGAGGAAAUACAGUCAGUGGAAGUGUCACUCACACUUUCACACUGUCAGACUCGCUGCCUGGCAUGUGAGACUACAAGGCUGCAGGGUGACUUGAGUGCAAAUGUCAGCUGUCUUACAGCUACGACGGCUACAUGCUUCUUGUUUUACCCAACUUUCUUAUUUGUAAAGUAAAGUACAUUGGCUACUCCUUCCAAGAUCCUAAUCUUAAAAGAAGUAAUUGCAGAGCAGGUUGUUUUCAUUUGAUGUAAGUUAACAUGGAAUGUAUUAUUCGAUUACGUAUUACCAUUUCCCAUCAUUUCCCCAAAUCACACCUAUUUGUUUAAAAAGGAAUAGUUUAUUACUUUGGAAAAAUGCGCUUAUUCACUUUCUUGCAGAGAGUUUGAUGAAGAGAUUGAUAUCGCUCUCCUUUGAAGCUGGAGUCAGGUGACGGUUAGCUUAGCUUAGCAUAAAGAGUGAAAACAGGGGGAAAAACAGCUUGGCUCUGUGAGUUAAAGAAAAAUCUGCCUACCAGCACCUCUAAAAUUCACCAAUGAACAUGUAAUGUCUCCUUUGUUUAGGUUUAACCUGUACAAAUACUGAAAUGUACAACAAGCUGCAGUUUUGUUUUUCUUUUGUUUACCUUUUGAAAGAACCAUGCCGUGGCUCUGCUGAGCUGAGCUAAUCGUCUCAUGGCUCAAGGUUCAUACUCACCAUACAGACGUUAAAGUGGUAUUACUGGUGAUAGAGUGGUUUUAGGAACCAAAUAAACAUAUUUUCCAAAAAAAAAAAAAAAAUCAAACUAUUCCUUUAAUGUAUUAUCAGGUACCAGUCUGAAUUCUGGCACCCACAAUGCCAAUUUUGAAACACACCCAGUGUUCGGAUGCUGUGCUCCGUGGGAAAGCUUGAAAAAAAGGAAUGGCAUCAAACCAACUGAGAGCCUGUUGUUUGGUCCAUAUGGUUCAUGUAGCGCGACAAGAGAGAAGCAAAUGUUAUGCUGAUGGAGAUUUAUGUAAGUGAAUAUUACCAUUAGCCGUGUGUGAGUAAGAAUGUGUGUGAGGAUAAAUGUGACGAGCAAAAUAUUCUUGUUCCCAGAUCAACCUGCCCCCUCUGCGUGUUUGUGUGUGUGUGCAGUUGCAUUCAUUAGUUCCUCAACAAUCCACAAUCAGUCAAAUAGCACUUGAAGAGCGCAUCUCCGAUAGAUUACAGCAUGGUGUCCAGAUGCUUUACACUCUAAGUAUGAGGCAGGCAGGUGAUGAAUGUCUCAGACGGCUGCCUCCCGCAGCAUGGUGAAGCAUACUGAUGUGCUAAUCAGUGACUUCUGGCUGCACGUAAAGCUUUUCCACAUAUGCUAGCAAAAUCAAUAUCUUAUGAUUACAUUCAUUUCAUUAAAAGGACAUGUAAUUAGGUUAAAAUAAAGCCGUACCCUCUACAUAAUGUAAUCUGGACCCUCCAGCAGGUUAACAUGCUCCCUGCAUGGCUCUCAUUGGGAUUUAUUUUAGGUUACAUUUGCAUACCAGCUACAGUGUGCCGAUGGCCUGAGGUAACAUACAAUGUGACAAAUUUACAUUAUGUUUUUAAUUUUAAUGAUCGCAAGAGGAAGAAGAAUGACAUGAAAUAAUUACAGCAGCUUGUAAAAUUUAAAGCCAUCAUGUGUAGAAUUCUUAUGAGGAUAUAGUUUCCUUCACAGUCGAGGUUUUUGUUUGGGAGAAAAAUGCUGUAAAAACUGGCACAGUCUUGUGUGAAUGUGUAAGUCUGUUCAAAUUCAACACACAUUGGCUUUAAAGCCCCCAAAAAAUUGGUUUCAGAAUUUCUUUAAAACAUUUAAUAUUAACGGCUACAGAAUCUGAAAUCGAUGUUCAAGGUUGGAAAACAAUUUCCUUAAAAGUUUAAAGUUUAGCUAUUGGUCAGUUUUGCCAUUGCUACAUAGCCAGUAUUAGCAGUAACAGCUGUUUACUUACCAAGAAAAUUUGCGAGUUCAGCAUCAAACUUUAUGAGCAAACGACCCUGCAACUGCCGUCACAUUCUGAUUCAAAUAUUGCUAAUCUUGGAUUGGUCGAAAGAAAUAAAUGAAAUCACCUUUUUCCAACCGAACCCCGCCCAGUAUCUAAGAUGUAACCUGUCUAAUUAAUUUGCACAAAUAUAAUUUGCCAACAGUGCAAUAACUCACACUUAUGAGUUGUUUCAUCGUUAGAAAAUAUUAGAUUAAGUUCUUUCUCUGUUGCAGCUAAUUCACUUUAAAAAGACUGUUACUGUUUGAGGUAUUUGUUUCAUGCAUGGGUUCAGUUUUAAAUGAGACUUUUAACUAAAUUCUGAUGAGUUAUUAUAUUAUCUGCAGGUGCAUAUGCUUUGGAUACGUUUUAACUGCCUCUCAUGUGAAGUAAAAUUGUGAGUUUUGGCAACAAAACUGAACUAAUUAGAAGUCUGAAGCAGAACGAGAAAAAGAUAAACAUCCAGAAUAAUAUGAAAUGUGGUUUUGCCUCUGUAAGACCAGCAAUUAUAGCAAUAGAAACUACAGUGUGAAGUGGGGAUAAUCAGGACAAUAAUUACAUGCUGUAUGACAGAAACGGUAUUUCUCCGAAAGGCCAAACCUGCUUCCAUGAAAAGCUGAAAUAACCGUCUCUUCCUCUCCCACUGUUCUGCUCUCCCCGCUUUUUGUCUUCCUCCUCCCUAAAUGUCAGAGAGGAAGCGCUUUGAUAAUAUGUGAAGGGAGAGGAACUUUACUGAACUCAGCUCAGAUCUAAAAUCAAUGUGAAAAAGAGCAAAGGUUGAAGAGGAAGCUUGGUGUGUGUGUGUGUGUGUGUGUGUGUGUGUGUGUGUGUGUGUGUGUACGUGUAGGUGUACGUGUACGUGUGCUCACAAAGCAGAUAACUAAGGUGUUAUUCUACCUGUACAUUGAAGAGUCAGAAAGCUUGUGGAUUAUAAUUACAACCUCUGUGUAGUCUGGUGGAUCAGCUUGAAAAAUCCAGGGGAACAAAUGUCCACUACUAUUUUACAUUACAUAAUAAAUUAGAGAGUUAGAUGAGGAGAUUGAUAACACUCAUCAUACAGUAUCUGUAUGUUACAUAUAUUAACUGUUAGCUUAUGUUAGCACAAGACUCCAAGCAACAGAAAUCAGCUAGCUAAUUAACUUUUUAUACAGAGUGAAGAAACAGAAAGAUAUAAUUAGUGAUUUACAGGUGUAGGUAGGCAGAUUUUUAACCUUUUGGACAGAGCCAAGUUAGCUAGCUUAGCUUUUAGUGCUUAGCAAGCUAAGCUAACUGCCUCCUGGCGGCAGCUUCAUAUUUAGCAUAAAGCUUUGAAAGUGGUAUCAACCUCCUCAUUUAAUUCACACUAAGGAAGAUAUGCGCAGAUUUUCCCAAAAUGUUUGAUAAAUGUUUUUAUCACAUUUUAUGGUAAACAUCAGGUCAAGGACAAAUACGACAGAGAAACAGUAUUUUACAUUUAUAGAAAAAAAGAACCACACAGCUACGAGAAUCCAGCUUAAGAUAUGUUACAACAAGUUUCAUGUUAAUGCGAAGUCGGUCAUCUUAGUUCUAACUGUGUGUUAGCUUUUAGAGUGAGGACCUGUGAGGGGGCUGUAUCUUCCCUUUGUGAAGAACUGACCUGUGAACAGUGCCUGUGGAUUUAUGAAAGGAGGCAGCUUGUCUUUAAAACUUAGCAAGUUGACAGAUAUUUCCAGGACAGUUACCUCAGUUAGCAGCCCCACUACCGUGAAAAGACUUUUUUUGUUUACUGGAUCUCUUGUUAGGACUCAUUGGAGCAGAUCAUUGUAUUGUUUGUGUGUGGCUCAUCAGUUUCCCACCCACUUUCUCUCUGCAAGUCAGCAAGAACAUUUGACUUCUCUCUUGUCAGUGAAUCAGAUUUAUCUCCUUCUCACCGAGCCAAUGAACACGCUCCCUCCCUAAAGCUGAAGAAUGAGCCCCCUUUGUGCGAUUUGUAAUGAUAAAACUACAUGUACAUUACAAUACGACUGUAUAAUCGUAUUUAUGAAUAUAAACAAAUAUAAUAUGUAAAUGUAAAUGUACCACUAGCGUAGACCUAAUUUCAUAUGAUGACACAGCUACUGUGUGUGUGUGUUUGUUUGUGUGUGAGUGUGUGUGUAUGUGUGUGUGUGUGUACACGUGUGAGAGAGUGACAGAGUGAGUCUGAGUAACUGUGAGUGCUUGUGAAAGCUCGGUGUGUGUGACACUUUUGCGAGUGCUCACAUGUGUUUUGUAUUUGUAUCAUUUGUGUAACAAGAGAUGCCUCAGUCUAGUUUAACUUUGUAAAAAUCUGAGUGUAAACCCUCACACUGAAGCACUGAGUAUUAUUCCCCACACCUACACUUGCUUUUGUGGUCCGCUGGUAAACGGUCUGUACUGUCUCCGAUAAUGGGGCGUGUCGUUUUGUUUGCUGUAGCCUACUGUUGCAGUUCUACAAGUAAUACUCACAUAUAGAGGUCUGAUUUCACAAAAAUGGCAGAGUUAGCCAGCAGGGGCGGGGGUGGGGGGGCGGGGGUGGUGGAGAGGUGGGGUGGGGGGAGGUGUCUUUGUGAAAUUGUUGAGAAGUUGUUGCCAGGAGAAGUUUGAGGUGUGAGGAGAAGGGUGUCAGUGAUGUAAAAAAAAAAAAACUGUCCAGUGUCACAGUGUCACCCUGCGGACAGAAGUAUGACGUCACGCCUCACAACAUCUCAACUACUAUACAGCCUUCCUUUGUUUAUUAUGUAAUGAACAUGCCUGAAGAUCAAAGCUAGCAACAUUAUAUGAUGCAAACAACUUAAUCAGGCUGCAUUCAGUCUUACAAUCUUUUCUUUUAAGAAGUGCAAAAAGCACAAAGUGUAACUUUUAUAGUGCAAAUCAACUUGUUUUGUAGGUUUUCUUGAAUCAUUAACAUCAUCUCCUUAUUGCCAGAGUGUAAAGUCAAUGUAAAGGAGGCGAGAGUGCAGACCUCCGUGACUGAAACAAAUGAGUCAAGAGGAUAAAUGUCUCCAGACAUGAAAUUGUUGGUACGGAAAAGGAUGUGAAAGUGAAAUUUUAAAAUAAAAAUGUGGAAGUAAAAAAAAAAAAAAAAAGCGAAAGACAAAACAAACAGUUUUAAGCAGGUUUUGUCAUGUUACUGAAUAAACUAUUGGUACAAACCGCCACACUUAAAGCUGUUAAAUGUGUGACAAACCCACAGAAAAUAUCCACUAACUCUGCAGUUCUCCAUCAGCUGUGUGGAGCUUUUCAGCCUGUUUCAGCUCAAUGUACUCGACCUAUCCGACACCAAGAAACACACAGUCAGUGACGAGCCAGUGAACGAGAAACAAAUCCCUCAGGAGUUAGUGGAGAUCAAAACACAGGUAAAGAGAGAUUGAGUGUUGGACCUGGGUCGUAAUGUGUAAAUACAUGUUUGCUUGCACAUGUUCACUGUAACAACUUCAUACGAUGAUAAUAUUGCGUUUAUUUUUGGCUGUUUUGCUGCCCCCAAGUGGCAAAAACCAGUAAAUGCAGCUUUAAAGGCCCCUCAUGUAGGAUUAGAAAAUGCUAGCAUCAAAAAGACAAGUAAAGAUCCAAUUCCCACUCAGAAAAUCCAAACUUUAGUAAGUAAAAUUAUCUCAGUUCACUGGCAGAUAUUUUGCACUUCUGUUAAGAGUAGGUCUACCAGAAAGAACAAAUACAUACAAGUCAAUGUGUUUUGUUGCCCCUUUUGUGUUUUGACUCACUGUAUUAAUAGGCUUUGAUUAAGUCCCAUUUUACGUGGGGCGGUAUACUAACACUUUCAUUAGAACAGAUUGGCUCAGAGAGUGGCUUCACAAUGUUUUGAUCUCCACUCUCCUCCGCUGAUUAGCUUCUGUCCAUCCUAAUUAUCACCAGCUCAAAGCGAGAGAGCCACUUCGUCUUUCCUCCCCGAGACUGCAGACGCUAAUGGUUUUCUUGUUUCUUUGUUUUGAUUGCUUUCACAUCCUAUGUUUCCCAUGCUGUAUCCAACUCAAAACCACACUGACGACUCUCAACAUUUUACUCUGCAGAUAUUAUGUGCCAAAGAACGGGACUGUGUUGCGUUAGAAAAAUGAAGUAUAUUAUUGCUGUGGUUGUAUCAGGUGGAGUUUAACAUGAGGUUAUGCUGUAUUGAUCACAUGAUGCAGUCCAUCAGCUGUCAGUCCGCAGAAAGCUCUGGACGGGCGCUCUGAGCUGUGACAUGAAUAUGAACAUAGAUAUUGUACUUUUUUUGACAGGGGACCAUUUGUGCUCAGUUGUGCAAUAUAAUUCUAUUCUUCAACAUUUCUCUAUGAUGUUCAUGUAAAUGUCUAUUUGUCCCGUCGGAUGAUUUCGCUUUUGUUUUCUUUGUUUUUCAAUAUUGUUACUGUAGGCCGCUAGAACAAAGACAAUGUAAUUAUUUUUGUUACAUAGAAUAAAACACAUGGAUGUCAACUGA